AUGCGCCUUCUCAAACGUGACGAAAAUGGCGGAAUCAUCAUUGAAAGCUUCAGCGACGGGCUGGCGCCUCCUCCUUAUGCGAUAUUGUCUCACACAUGGGGUGAAGACAACGACGAAGUAACCUUUGCGGAUAUCGUUAAUGGGAAUGGGAAGGGCAAGGUCGGUUACAACAAGAUCUGCUUUUGCGACAAACAAACACAACGUGAUGGUCUACAGUACUUCUGGGUCGAUACGUGUUGCAUCAACAAGGACGACAAGGCUGAGCUUUCUCAAGCGAUUCAAUCCAUGUUUCGUUGGUACCAGAACGCGAAAACAUGCUAUGUCUAUCUAUCGGACGUACAAACGAAGGAGAGAAAAGUCGGAGAAACAGUAAAUGGGCCCGAUUGGCAGGCUAUGUUCACGUCUAGCCGCUGGUUUACGCGUGGCUGGACGCUUCAAGAGCUAAUCGCGCCGCGCACGGUUAAGUUCUUCUCCAAAGAAGGGAACGAACUGGGUGACAGAUCUUCGCUGCGAUGCUUGAUUAACAAGAUAACAAGCAUUCCCCUUCAAGUGCUUGACGGAGGUGCAGUGUCUCAAUUUAAAAGUGAUGAACGGCAGCGAUGGGCAAACGACAGGAACACAAAGCUUAAAGAGGACAAAGCGUAUGCGUUAUCAGGCCUUUGCGGUGUACACAUUGCACCUGUGUAUGGCGAGGGUGAAGAAGAAGCAUUCAGACGACUUCACAGUGAGAUUGAGAAGCUGGAAGCCUGCGUUCGUCAUUUGCGAGAUAGCGAUCCUCGCAACGACAAAAAGCGCAUUGAAGAAACAAAGGGAGGCUUGCUAUUUAACUCAUAUGAUUGGAUCUUAGAUCACAGCACUUUCCAUCAGUGGCAGCACGAUCCUACUACCCACUUGCUCUGGGUAAAGGGUGAUCCUGGCAAAGGCAAAACGAUGCUGCUGUGCGGCAUAAUCGACGAGAUACAGAAGAACAUAACAUAUAACACGGUCGCUUACUUCUUUUGCCAAGCAACAGACUCGCGCAUCAAUAAUGCUGUAGCGGUUCUGCGAGGGCUGUUGUAUAUGCUUAUAGAUCAGCAGCCACUCCUGGCGCAGCACGUCCAAAAGCAACACGAGCAUGCAGGCAAACAUCUAUUUGAGGAUGCCAACGCAUGGAUAGCACUACGAGACAUAUUCAGAGACGUCCUUCAGGAUCCAAACCUUGGUAGAACAUGUUUUAUCGUCGAUGCCCUAGACGAGUGCAUCGUUGAUCUACCAAAGCUGCUAGAUUUUGUGGCUAAACAGUCAUCAGAGUCUGAUCGCGUCAAGUGGAUCGUGUCUAGCCGCAACUGGCCUGAUAUUGAAGCACAGCUAGAGGGAGUGGGAAACAAAAUCAAGCUGAGUCUUGAGCUGAAUGCAGACUCAAUAGCCACAGCGGUUGGCGCCUUCAUUGAGCAAAAGGUGAACAUUUUAGCUACCAAGAAGCAGUACACACGAGGGCUACAGCUAGAAGUGCUUCAACAUCUGACCUCGAACGCUAACGACACUUUCCUAUGGGUGGCGUUGGUUUGUCAAAACCUGGAGAAAACACCUACAAGGCAUGUACGGAAAAAGCUCAAUCAGUUCCCACCUGGUCUGGACGCUCUUUAUGAGAGGAUGGUGAGCCAGAUCAGUGGACUAGAGGAUGCUGAAGCCUGUCUACAAGUUCUAGCGUUAGCUGCAGUUUCAUAUCGACCUAUAACCAUCCCUGAGCUAGUCACUCUAGCCGAACAAGUUCAGGAGAAUACUGACGAUGUAGAGGAGAUCGUCGCUUUUUGUGGAUCCUUCCUCACACUACGAGAAGGCAUUCUUUACUUUGUGCAUCAAUCAGCCAAGGACUUUCUACUCACCAAAGCGGCCUUACAGAUUUUCCCAGACGGAGCAGAGGCUAUCCAUUAUUUGACCUUCUUAAGGUCCAUGGAAGUUAUGUCUAGUAGACUUCACAGGGACAUCUAUAAUCUUCAAGAGCAAGGAAUUGCUAACAAGGACAUCAAUAUACCUGUACAAGACCCUCUCGCGCCUGUACGCUACUCUUGCGCUUACUGGGCGGACCAUCUCCGGGACUCAAAUUCUGACUGGUCCAAUGAUAAUGCAGAGAGACCAAAACUCAUAGCCACAAUCGAGAGUUUCUUCAAGGAGACAUUUCUAUACUGGAUCGAGGCACUCAGUCUAUGUCGGAACGUAGAACAGGGUAUCGCAGCCGUUGCUAAAGUCCUUCUAGUGAUGCAGAAUGUCGAAAAAGGGAUUGAACUUGAUUCACUCAUGAAUGAUGCGUGGCGUUUCAUCAUGCAUCACAAGAAUAUGAUUAAAAAAUGGCCACUGCAGAUCUAUACGUCAGGGAUCCUGUUCAGUCCUAGAACAAGCAUCAUCAGAGACGUCUUCGAAUCCCAAUCGCAAGGGUGGAAUGUCCGACCAUAUCUAGAACACAGCUGGGGAGCAUGUUUACAGACGCUCGAGGGGCAUAGUAGGUGGACCUUCUCAGUAGCCUUCUCUCCAGAUGGAACGAGGCUGGCAUCAGCGUCAUUUGACUUUAUCGUCAAGAUCUGGGACGCAAAUAGCGGACAGUGCCUGCAGAACCUCGAGGGGCAUAGCGAUGGGGUCAAAUCAGUAGCCUUCUCGCCUGAUGGAACGAUGCUAGCGUCAGCGUCGUACGAUACAAAGAUCAAGAUCUGGGACGCGCAUAGCGGGCAGUGCCUACGGAAUCUCGAUGGGCAUUUUAGUUUCGUUUUUUCAGUAGCCUUCUCUCCAGAUGGAACGAUGCUAGCGUCAGCGUCGUACGAUACAAAGAUCAAGAUAUGGGACGCGUAUAGCGGACAGUGCCUGCAGAAUCUCAAGGGGCAUAGAUAUGGGGUCAACUCAGUAGCAUACUCGCCCGACGGAACGAGGCUAGCAUCGGCAUCGGAAGACCAGACGGUCAAGAUAUGGGACGCGGAUAGUGGGCAGUGCCUACAGACGCUUAAGGAACAUAGUAGUCCAGUUCGCUUUGUAGCCUUCUCGCCUAAGAAUACCACAAGGCUAGCGUCGGCAUCAGAAGAUCAGACGGUCAAGAUCUGGGACGAGUAUAGUGGACAGUGUCUACAUACGCUUAAGGGGCAUCAAGAUUAUGUUAACUCAGUAGCCUUCUCGCCCCAUGGAACGGAGCUGGUAUCAGCGUCAAACGAUAGGACUGUUAAGAUCUGGGAUAUGGAUAGCAGGAUGUGUCUAUAUACGCUUGACGGGUUUGGCGAUUCGGUUUCAUCAGUAGCCUUUUCGCCCAAUGGAAUGAGGCUAGCGUCCGCGUCAAACAAGCAUGUGAAGAUCUGGGAUGCGCGAAUUGGGUUUUACUUACACAAACCUGAAAGGCAUAGCAAGGAGGUUGGUUCGAUAGCCUUCUCGGCCGACGGAACAAGGUUAGUGUCAGUUUCAAGCGAAGUUAAGAUCUGGGAUGCGUAUAGUGGGCGGUGUAUGCAGACUCUCGAGGGCCAAAACCAUAAGGUCAGCCCAGUAACUUUAUUGCCCGAUGGAGCAUAUCCGAUUCUCGGUCAGGGCAAGAUUUUUCCACAUGCCUCCAUUGUUGGCGCCGCUAGCAACAUCAUCAAUCUUGGCUAUGUACGCAAAAUUGGUAGAAACAUACGCUUAGACAACGACUGGAUCUCAUUAAGAGGAAAAAGGAUUCUCUGGAUUCCUGAAGAAUAUCGCGCUCACAGGUCAACGAUCAGGAACAACAAGAUUGCAAUUGGCACGAAACAUGGCAGAGUAUGGAUAUGCACUUUCCAUGGCUCAGUUGAAACUUCUUAG